UUUUUAAUUUUAUUUUUAGUCUAAAAGGAAGGAACUGAAUUCUAAUUUUUUGGAGAAAAUUAGGAAGAAUAAUAGCUUCUUAAAUCAUCAUAUAUCCUAACCUUGCAAUUAAUUCCAAGAAGCUUUGAGGAUAGUGAUGGAAUGAAAUAAGUUAAUAAAAGAAAUAAAGAAGUGAGAGAGAAUUAAUAAAUAUAAGCAUACAGACAUUACAGAAAAAAUUAUAAUUCAUAUAAUCGUUGUGUAAUAUGAAAUAUGCAAUGGUUUUGUAAAAAUUGAACCUAAAAAGAAUGUUAAGUGGGCCAUUACCCAAACCCAAAACAAGAGGCUCCUUAUUCAUAUCCAAACCUUAGAUUUCAUUUCCUUGCAACAAAAUAUCAAAAUAGAUCAUAAAUGUGCCUUCUCCUGCCCCCUAACCCUUAUUAUAAUUUGUGAUUCCUUGACUUGCCUUUGUUUCAAACUCAGGUAUCACCAUCAUCGCUUAGGAGGUUCCACCAUUCUGCCCAAUAAUAAUGAAUUGCCAGUAUAACAGGAAAAUAAAUAAAAAAAAAAUCUUAAAAAAAAAAUCUCAUUGUUCAUUUUAUAUGUAUAUAAAUAUUGUCUGGCAGCUGGAAGGUGAAUUAAAAGACUGGGGGGGUGGGCUGGGGCAUGAAAGUCGAAACCACCGUCUGUCCAGUUUCCGCCAUUGUCGAUCUCAUCAUCGGUCAUCAUGACCAGCUCCUCCGCCACCUCCCGCAAGGCUCUAAGCAAGAUCGCUUCGAAUCGACUCCAGAAGGAGCUGGUCGAGUGGCAGGUCAAUCCACCCGUGGGGUUCAAGCACAAGGUCACCGAUAAUCUUCAAAGGUGGGUAAUUGAAGUGAAUGGAGCUCCGGGAACGCUUUAUGCCAAUGAAACGUACCAUCUUCAGGUCGAUUUUCCUGAGCACUAUCCCAUGGAAGCGCCACAGGUUAUAUUUUUGCAGCCGGCUCCCCUGCACCCUCACAUCUACAGCAAUGGCCAUAUUUGUUUAGAUAUCUUGUAUGAUUCGUGGUCCCCAGCCAUGACCGUCAGUUCAAUUUGUAUCAGCAUUCUCUCCAUGCUAUCAAGUUCAACUGUGAAGCAACGCCCAGAAGACAAUGAUCGGUAUGUCAAGAACUGUAGAAAUGGCAGAUCUCCAAAGGAGACAAGGUGGUGGUUCCAUGAUGAUAAAGUAUAAAUAACAGAGCAUCUUUCUGCUUUUUAGUUUAUGCGAUUUGGAGGCAUUUAUCUUCCUUGGAAGGAAAUUGUGAAACAAAGAACAAGGUAAAAGCAAAAAGGUUCUGGGAAGUAUUGAGGGCUUAAUUUAUGCUGUAAGUUAGUAGGUGGUAUUUGUAAAUGAAGUGGGAAAAAGAAACUUCUUUCUGGUAACUGGUGACUUAUUUAUAAGGGAUAACUCUGCACCUACUCUCAACCUGAACACUAUAAAUCGUUACUGUGCCUGUGAUCUAUUAUUGUCGCCUCUAACUCUAGUAUUCUCUUGUCCCGAAUCACAAUUUGAGUGAUUCAUUUGUGUCUUAACUCAUUUUCAGCUUCUUGUUUA